AUGCCUCAUAAACGUCGAUUCUGGACGAACAAAACUCGAACCAAUGCUCUGUUUCUACUUACAGCCGUUGUUUGCACCGUUUCUGUAGCUGUUUUGAUGAUUCAGAAACUGCUGUUUCAUGUUCUGCGUCAGGCGGACGAUUUAGACGAUGAUCCUGAUGCCGAUACAACGCCUGCAUUGCAGGAAUUGUACUCUAGUUGGGCGCUUUUCAUUCUUCUCGUCUUAUUGAUUGGUGCCCUGUUGACGAGUUAUUAUGUCCAGUUAAAGCGUAUCCGUGCUGUUCAUGAGACGGUUAUUUCUGUUUUUGUCGGUAUGAUCGUUGGUUUGAUUAUUCGAGUAUCGCCCGGUCUGAUUAUUCAAAACAUGGUAUCGUUUCAUUCGACAUACUUCUUUAACGUUUUACUGCCCCCAAUUAUUCUCAAUUCUGGUUACGAGUUGAACCAGACUAAUUUUUUCCGAAACAUUGGAACCAUCUUGACAUUUGCAUUUGCUGGAACCUUUAUCUCAGCAGUUGUGAUGGGAUUUCUAAUCUAUCUUUGGUCGUUUCUUGGAAUUGAGAGCCUCAGAUUAUCGCUGGUCGAAGCAUUGGCCGUUGGUGCAACAUUGUCCGCUACUGAUCCCGUUACCGUUCUUGCUAUUUUUAAUUCGUACAAAGUUGAUCAGAAACUCUACACGAUUAUUUUCGGAGAAAGUAUUCUUAAUGAUGCGGUCGCUAUUGUCAUGUUUGAGACUUUGCAAAAGUUUUACGUGAUUGGCGUAUCCGUUGGCUUUCUUACUGCCUUACUGUUGAAACAUUCGUCCUUGCGCCGCUACCCUCACAUUGAGUCUUGUAUCAUUUUAUUGAUGGCUUAUGCUUCAUACUUUUUCUCGAAUGGCUGUCACAUGUCUGGUGUCGUUUCACUUCUAUUCUGUGGCAUAACCCUGAAGCAUUAUGCUUUUUAUAACAUGUCUUACAAAGCUAAGCUUAGUACGAAGUACGUGUUCCGCGUGCUUGCUCAGCUGAGCGAAAACUUCAUUUUCAUUUACCUGGGUAUGUCCUUGUUCACCCAGGCUGAUUUGGUGUAUAAGCCCUUGUUUAUUCUUGUUUCUACUGUUGCUGUCUGUGCUUCUCGAUAUGCCAAUGUUUUCCCACUCAGUAAUUUCAUUAAUAAACUGGGUCAUAGGGCUUCAGGAAACAACGUCGACCGCAUUCCUUACAGUUACCAGGUAAUGCUUUUUUGGGCAGGCCUUCGCGGUGCCGUCGGAGUGGCACUGGCUGCUGGGUUGGAGGGCGAGAAUGCACAAUCAUUACGUGCAACAAUUCUUGUUGUCGUCGUGCUUACUGUUAUUAUUUUUGGUGGUACUACAGCAAGAAUGUUGGAAAUUAUGGGCAUUCAAACGGGAGUCGAAGAUGAGGAGGAAAGUGAUGGAGAAAUCGUUCCCUCUUGGGGACGACAGGGUAAUGAUCGUGUUCUGCCGCGCGACAGUCUGGAACUCCAACAAGCUGUACAACCCGCUGAUUUGACUCAAUCAUUUGGCUUGUCUGCCUCUGACGACGAUGAGCCAGUCGUUCCCGAAGGUGCUGUCGUGAAUACUGCUGGUCGGUUUUCCCAAUAUCAGCGAGCUGCAGACAUGUUCAACGACUUUAUCCGUUCUUCGCGUGAAGAUCAAGCACAAUGGCUUAUACGCUUUGAUGAAAAUGUUCUUAAACCCGUUCUCAUCGAACAAGACAUACUAAAACGAACUACUGAGCCUUAG